AAGCAGACUCCGUAGGUAGGGAGAGGAAGAUCCUGCAGGGUGAACCGGGAGGGGGUGUCCAUUUUAUUUACAGUUGGAAAUAGCUUUGCCUCUAACAAUCGUUUUUUCUUUACCUUUAAAAGUUAUAGAAAACUUUCAGGUCUUUAGAGAUGAGCAGUUCAGAGGAAGUGUCGUGGAUUUCCUGGUUCUGUGGACUGAGAGGGAAUGAAUUUUUUUGUGAGGUGGAUGAGGACUACAUCCAGGACAAGUUCAACCUGACAGGACUUAACGAGCAGGUUCCUCAUUACCGCCAGGCUCUGGACAUGAUCUUAGAUCUCGAACCAGAUGAAGAGCUGGAGGAUAAUCCCAACCAGAGCGACCUGAUUGAGCAGGCAGCUGAGAUGCUUUACGGCCUCAUCCACGCACGUUACAUCCUCACCAACCGAGGAAUCGCGCAGAUGCUGGAAAAGUACCAACAGGGAGACUUUGGAUAUUGCCCACGAGUAUAUUGUGAGAAUCAGCCCAUGCUUCCUAUUGGCCUGUCAGACAUCCCUGGAGAGGCCAUGGUGAAGCUCUACUGCCCUAAAUGCAUGGAUGUUUACACACCCAAGUCCUCCAGACACCACCACACAGAUGGAGCCUAUUUUGGCACCGGGUUCCCCCACAUGCUUUUUAUGGUUCACCCUGAGUACAGGCCCAAACGGCCUGCCAACCAGUUUGUCCCACGUCUCUAUGGCUUCAAGAUCCAUCCCAUGGCUUACCAGCUACAGCUGCAGGCCGCCUCCAGCUUCAAGAGCCCUGUCAAGGCUAUUCGCUAGGAGCCUUGGAGCAGGAAGAACAAGGAGGAAUGUGGAGAAAAAAACGUCAGGAACGAAUCACAUGGAGAGGGGUCACCUGUAUAUCCACAGGUGCCCCCUCCCCAUCAUGAAGACUGUAUUGUUUUUGAUUUAGAUUAGCCCAUAAGGGGGAGAAAAAAGUUAAAGAUUUAAGUAAAAGCAAGAGAGAAAAAUAAAACACACCGAGCCAUGAUUAUUGUGAGAAACAUACACACACGUAGGGCAACAGACUUUAGGUUGACUGUACCAAACUCAUCCGUGCCAAAAACAGAAGGUUGGAGGAAGCUUAAAGCAGAGGGGCUGCUCUGCAUCACAGGUUGAUUCUUUGUUUUAUGGAGAGAAGGUUUAAAACGUGUGAGCCAGCGGACAGCCCCGGCUCGGUGCUGCUUCUGUAAACCCUCCGUCUUUGGUAAGCCUCCUCUCCCCUUUGAGCUCAGGCUGACGCUCGGAAACACAGUUUGGAUGCUGCUAGCAGGUGGUUUUUUCUUCAUCACUCAUUUAAACAGAUACGAACCAACAGAUUUUUGGGGCGGUUUUGUGGAACUUUUGUGUUAAAUCUGCCUUAAGGUACAAGAAAAAAAGGAUUGAUUUAGGAAACGAGACAAAUCUGACUUUGGAAUCGUCAAACAAUUGUAAUCAAUGAUCCUGUUUAAGUUUCUCCCAUUGUCUGUGCAUGCGUGAAAGCAGCCCUCUCCACUCUUAUUAAUAAAAUACCCCCUCCACCCCCAGCAGCAGAAGUGUACGGUCCGAUUCCUGCUCCUCAGAAAUAGUUUGUCUGCAGUUAAGUCUGGCUCAUAUCAGCUGCCUGUUGAAUCUAACUGCUGAUCCUGUUGCAAAGAUGGGUAGAUCUUUGCAACAGGACUAACAGUUAUGGGUUCAGUCUAUUUAGAAACAGAAAAAGUAGAAAGGGUUUCUUGGACUUGCUGUCUUCAUCUAUGAUAUAUCUAUAUUUUUUGUAUUGUUACCAUGAACUAGAUAUAGAUAUGACCUUUUGCAUUUCAAAAUGUAUAAAUAUCCUGUUUUUGGCAGAAAUGCAUAAAUACCAGCUGGACAUUCAGCUGUUAUUUUCCGCCUCUAACGGAGACAGGACCCAAACGUACCUCUGUAACAGUCUGGUUGUUGUCUGUUACACUCAGUAUUCAUUUUAUAGUGAAUCUUUUGCUCCCUGUCCCAUUUUCUGACAGCAAGAAAUGGUUCGCCCAGUCAUACAGUACAGCAUUCAGUUCUGUCAUGUUGUAAGUCUGGAUAUUUUUGGGGGAAAAUAUUAUCUAGUCCAUGAUCUACCAGGGCAAAAACACAAUUUCUAUUUGUUGUUUGUUUAUUUUUAUAUUUGGAUACAUUCCACCAAAUCUACUAGUUGAAGUUUGGCUGUCUUAAGGUUCUGAGGGCAAAACUUGGCCAAGUUUUGUAGUUUUCCUUCAGUUUGUUUCUUCUAAUAGCGGAUCUCCCAUCAGGGUUUUCAAGCAGAUGUUUUUGAGGUUCAAUCAGAUGCCAAACUACUUGAGUAAAGUUUUACGAACAAUGUCAAAGCUUGUUUAAUAAGUUGUUUCUGCCAUAGGAUACGCUAGUCUAGGUUUCACAAAUCAUAGUACACCUUGAGUUAAAGGGCAGCGGAUCUAUGAAAACAGGUCCUUCUACCUACUGUCGAGUUUGGUGUUUAUUUGG